CCUGCGAGGAGUGACGGCGCGGCCGGAGGAGGAAGUAGGACGUCCGGGGGGGACCGCCGAGUAUCGGGAAGUGGCCUCGACUCUCGAGGCUUGAACGGGACGCCACGGCUAUGGAGGGAGGCAAUGGAAGUGGCCCAGGGAUGGCCAAUGACCAGGUGAAGAAUCUCCAGAAUGAAGUUGAGGGUGUCAAGAACAUCAUGACACAGAAUGUGGAGCGGAUUCUAGCAAGGGGUGAGAACCUUGACCAUCUGCGCAACAAGACGGAAGACCUGGAAGCAACGUCGGAACACUUCAAGACAACCUCACAAAAAGUGGCCCGGAAGUACUGGUGGAAGAAUAUCAAGAUGAUUGCCAUAAUCUGCAUCAUUGCUGUCAUCAUCCUUAUUCUCAUCAUCCUGCUUGCCACCGGCGUCAUUCCGUCUUAAGUUUCUUUCCUACCACUGGACUUUUCCCGGUCAUCAUUCCCACUUUUUUUUUAUUUUGUCCCCAUCAUCCCCUCCCUUAACAUCUGAAAUUCGUAAGAUCCUUUGCCAGAUCAAGAGGUCCAGGUUGCCUCGCUGCAGGAUCUGCCAGUCUCCCCAACCUCCCUCCCAUGUCAGGACCAAAAGCAUCCCAGCUCCAGGAGUCGCACUCUCUCUUGGUUCUACGCAGGGUCCCUCAGCUGUACGUGUGAAUGUAGCAAGAAGAAGCAGAGACUGUUUCUGUUAGAUGAUCCCCACCCAGCAGAGCACGCUAAAAUUCUGAUUCUGCCAGUGCCUCAGCUGCUGCUUGGAGCAGAGCUCACCCACCUUGCCAUUCCCUCUGGAAUGGGCAGUGGAGCUGCUGGGGAAGGAUCCCAACCUUAUGUGCCACUCUGGGUAUUCCUUCUCUUCCACGAGAUCCUCAGAUCUCUUUGAUUUGUGUGCCUAACAUCAUCCCGGACGGAGAAGAAGUGAUUUACUAAAACUCACCUGGCAAUGUAAAGGAGAGAUGCUUUUGAAAUACUGUUUAAAUGAAGAAGGGUGGCCAGUUCAGGUUCUCUAAAUUUUUAUUUCUCUCUCGGGAAAGUUAGCUCUUUAAGAUGUCAAUUCUGAGGUCCUGACUCCUCCAAUUGGGACCCCUGAGUGGCAUGGAGAGAGGCGGCUCCUCUGAUGAGCUUCAUUCCCUUUAACCGGCAUGUAGUCUUCUUUCAGCUACGGCCUUUCCAAUCCAGUGCCUCUGAUCUUUGAGGAAUCUCUAGGAGAUGUUUAUUCACUUUUGCAUUUGAUUUACUAACAGUAAUAAAAGUAUUUAUAAAUCACUGGCUACUACACAGAGCUGUUUAGAAGAAA